AUGGAAGCAGGAAAUCAAACAAGUGUUCUAGAAUUUCUACUCCAGGGAUUUUCCCAAGACUCAGAGCAGCAACCCAUUUUAUUUGGAUUGUUUCUAUCUGUGUUUGUGGUCACUGUGCUUGGGAACCUGCUCAUCGUCCUGACCAUCAGCUAUGACCCCCACCUCCACACCCCCAUGUACUACUUCCUCUCUAAUUUGUCCUUGGCUGACAUCUGUUUCACUUCCACCACGGUCCCAAAGAUGCUGGUGAGCAUCCAGACACAGAGCAAAUCCAUCACCUAUGCAGGCUGCAUCACCCAGGUGUAUUUUUUCUUGGUUUUUGGAGGCAUGGACACUUUUCUCCUCACUGUGAUGGCCUAUGACAGGUUUGUGGCCAUCUGUCACCCCCUGCACUACACAGUCACCAUGAACCCCCACCUCUGUGGUCUGCUGAUUCUUGUGUCCUGGUUCAUCAGCUUGUUAUACUCCCUGAUUCAGAGUCUCUUGAUGUUGAGGCUGUCCUUCUGUACCAACUGGGUCAUCCAACACUUUUACUGUGAACUUGCUCAGGUGCUCACACUUGCCUGCUCAGACACACUCAUCAAUUACAUCGUGCUAUAUAUGGUGACUGGCUUUCUUGGCCUUGUUCCCUUCUCAGGGAUCCUUUUCUCCUACUUCCGAAUUGUCUCCUCAAUCCUGAGAAUCCCAUCAGCUCAUGGGAAAUAUAAAGCAUUUUCUACCUGUGCCUCUCACCUGUCUGUGGUUUCUUUGUUCUAUGGGACAGGGCUUGGUGCAUAUCUCAGUUCUGAUUCAUCUUCCUGGAGAGGUAUGAUUGCCUCGGUGAUGUACACUGUGGUCACCCCAUUGCUGAAUCCCUUUAUCUACAGCCUACGGAACAGAGACAUCAAGAGGGCUCUACAAAAAGUUCUUGAGAGAACACUCUAUGUUCAGUGA